CAGACUCUCUUGACCACUGAAACAGCGGUAAGGAUGGUGGAGAAAGGCUGGACUCACUGCACUCUGAUCAAAGAAAAAUGAAUAAAAGAGCAAAAGGAGCCAUUGGGUUUGUCGUUGUGGUACUAUUAGCCCUCACCCUCUCCCUGGGCCUGUACUUUGGGCUGAAGCCCAGGAAAGUGCCAGCGUAUUCCUUCGAGAGAGCUGCUGUUGCUGCAGAUGCAGGAAGAUGUUCAGAGAUUGGCCGGGAUAUUCUGAGGCAGAAUGCCUCAGCUGUGGAUGCUGCCAUUGCCAGUUUGCUCUGUGUUGGACUCAUGAAUGCACACAGCAUGGGGAUCGGGGGAGGCUUCUUCAUGACCAUUUACAACGCACAAACAGGAAAAGUAGAAACUAUUAAUGCCAGAGAAGUGGCCCCAAUUAGUGCAUCAAGGGAUAUGUUUAUUAAUGAAACAGAUGAAGCUUCUCGGAAAGGAGGAUUGGCCAUAGCAGUUCCUGGUGAAAUCCGAGGAUACCAAUUAGCACAUCAAAGACAUGGACGGUUACCAUGGAAACAGUUAUUUGAACCAAGCAUCAAACUUGCCAAAGAAGGAUUCCCCAUUCAUCGAGCUCUUGCAGAUGCCAUAGAGGAACGUAAGGAAGACAUUGAGAAAGACCAGUCUUUGUGUGAAAUAUUUUGCAAUUCCAAUGGCAAAGUACUCCAGCAAAAUGAAAUAAUUAAAUUUCCAAGAUUAGCUGCAACUUAUCAGAUUCUGGCAGAUGAAGGAGCUGACACAUUUUACAAUGGAUCUCUCGCCCAACAGAUAGUGACUGAUAUCAGGAAUGCAGGUGGGAUUAUAACUCUUGAAGAUCUGAAAGAAUACAGAGCUCAUUAUGAAUUAUCUGAAGAUAUGGUAAACAUAUCAAUUGGUGACCACACGUUGUUUACGCCCAACACUCCUUCCAGUGGACUUGUGCUCGGAUUAAUACUGAACAUCCUGAAGGGUUAUAGUUUUACUUCAGAUAGUGUUUCUUCCCCGGAACAGAGAGCCUUGACAUAUCAUCGAAUAGUUGAAGCAUUUAAAUUUGGAUAUGCAAAGAGAAGCUUGAUGGGAGACCCAUUAUUUGUUAACAUGACUGAGCUUAUUUCCAAUAUGACUUCAGAAUAUUUCGCGACAAAGCUGUGGAGUAAAAUCACAGACAAUACAACACAUCCUAUAGGAUACUAUGAGCCUGAGUUCUACACCACCGAUGAUCAUGGGACAUCCCAUUUGUCCCUUGUAGCAGAGGAUGGCAGCGCAGUGUCAGUAACCAGCACCAUUAAUUUAUACUUUGGGUCAAAGGUGAGGUCCAGCAAAAAUGGAAUCAUUUUCAAUAAUGAAAUGGAUGACUUUUCUUCACCAGGCAUUCUGAAUGGGUUUGAUGUUCCACCUUCCCCAGCCAACUUCAUCAUGCCAGGUAAAACACCUCUAUCCUCUAUGUGCCCUGUCAUUAUACUUGAUAAAAACAAGUCAGUGAAAAUGGUGGUGGGAGGCUCAGGAGGAACGAAAAUCACGACAGCAACUGCUCUGGUUAUAAUGAACGUGUUAUGGUUUAAUUACAAUAUUAAGAAAGCUGUGAAUGAACCCAGAGUUCACAAUCAACUAUUCCCCAAUGUGACUCAAGUUGAAGAAGCUAUGGAGAAGGCUAUACAAGAAGGUUUGCAAGAGAGACACCACACAUUGAAGAUGAUAACCAAGCUUACAUCAGGCGGUGUAAUCCAGGCCAUCGUUAGAGAUGAAGGAAAGUGGUUUGCUGAAUCAGACUACCGUAAAGGGGGCAAGCCUGCAGGUUACUGAUGGGCCUGUGGGACUGUGAUCAGCAGAAUUGUGUUAAAGUUCAUAUUUACAGCAGCAUGAUAUAGGGUUUCAUGAAUAAUUAACUAAUGGAGUGACAAUGAGUGAAAGUAGUUAAUAAACAAUGUCUUUUUAUCAAGCUUAUCAAGCCAAUAUACAUUAGAUAUUUACUGUAAUUUUAUUCUGCAAAAAUCUGUCUUGAUAAAGCAGGACCCAACAGGGUAUAACAAAGAGAUUGCCUUGUGUUGAAGGCAGGGCUUUGUCAAUUAUUAAUCUUAUUUU